UUAUCCUGACUAGGAUAUGCUUGUUCCCCAUGCCUAACCUUUACUUCUUCCUCUACUUCUCUAGACUUUCCAGGCACCUUUCAGGUCUGUUUAAGUCCUACCUACAUGAAGUCUUUACAAGUUCUCCACAAUCUUAGUGCCUUCUCUCUGAGAUAAUCUCUAAUUGACCUUGAAAUUAGGGUUAAAGUCUGUAAAAAAUGUAGCCUAUUUAUUCAUACAGUAUUUGUUUACAUGUCGUCUCUUCCAAUACACUGAGGAUUUUUUUUUUUUUUUUUUGGUAUUCUCUUUGUUUUGAACAGGUGCAUAAUAGGCACUUUAUGUUUAUUGUCCCACUAUCUACAUAUAUGGGGGAGAAAGGAUAGGAAGGAAGUAGUUAACAAUUUGGGGAAUCAGAAAAAGUGACGACUUGAAAGGAGCUGCAGAAAUGCAGAAGUUAGGAAGAUGAGUUUGGAGGCAGAACAAACUAGACCGCAGAGUAGAUAGUUCCUAUAUCCCUCUAUGUUGGAUGACCCAGAAGUAUCAGGAUGGUAGCUGGUUGGGGGCAGGGAAAGACUUAGAGAAGGGCAUUUGGAGGCCAAUCCCCUCCCAGAGGAGAACUGGGGAUACUGAGGCCAGAGACUGAAGGACUGGCUCAGGGUCCGCGGCUGAUGAGUGCCCAAGAUGGGGCUUUCAGGUUAUCUGUGCUCCGAGGUCUCGGCGGAGGAGGCGUUCAACCAGUCCCCGGUUGUUUUGACCUUACGCCUGGACAUCAGCAGAGAAGUCUGGGCUGGACUGUAGGCUUGGGAACUUGGAGAGCAUGCUGGGUUCUAUAAGAGGAAUAAGGUUCCCCCAGGAAGACAGAAUGGAAUCACCAGCGCUGAGCCCCCGGACUGGGCAGAACCCCAGGACGGGGCGGAAGGGAAAGGACAGUUCCCGAGGUCUGCCAGAGCUACGUCUCGGGAGCGCGACCCAGAGUGAAACAAGCACGAAGAAUAGGAGUGGGAAGGAACCGGAGAAGAGUUCUGGAGAUCCGCGCUCCAGUCAUGCCUUCUGAUUGACGUCAUGACGCACCCACGCAAGCAUCACGCCGGCGCCGACGUGGUCGCGGGGAAGAGGCGGGACUUCCUGAGCCGGAAGCGACCCGAGAGCGUGGAGCUGAGCGGGUCGUUGGGGUAGGUCUUCGGAAAGGACGCGGGCUUAGGAGAUUCAGCCUCGGGGAAUUGCCUGUCGCGGAAGGAGGCUGUGCGAGUCUCCUUCGCCUCCCAGGCACAGUGCGAAAAGCGGCGGCUGGGACAUGGACAGCCGUCUCCAAGAAAUUCGCGAGCGGCAGAAGCUACGCCGGCAACUUCUAGCUCAGCAGUUGGGAGCUGAGAGUGCUGACAGUAUCGGUGCAGUGUUAAAUAGCAAAGACGAGCAAAGGGAGAUUGCUGAGACCAGAGAAACUUGCAGGGCUUCUUAUGACACUUCAGCUCCAAAUGCAAAGCGCAAAUAUUUGGAUGAAGGAGAGGCAGACGAAGAAGACUUAGAGGAAUAUAAGGAUGAAGUAGAAAUGCAGCAAGAUGAAGAGAAUCUGCCGUACGAAGAAGAAAUUUACAAAGACUCUAGUACUUUCCUUAAGGGGACUCAGAGCUUAAAUCCUCACAAUGAUUAUUGCCAACACUUUGUUGACACAGGACACAGACCACAGAAUUUCAUCAGAGAUGUAGGUUUAGCAGAUAGAUUUGAAGAAUAUCCUAAACUGAGGGAGCUUAUCAGACUGAAGGAUGAGCUGAUUUCAAAAUCAAAUACUCCUCCCAUGUAUUUACAAGCAGAUUUAGAUGCUUUUGACAUUCGAGAACUAAAAUCCAAAUUUGAUGUAAUUCUUCUGGAACCUCCUUUGGAAGAAUAUUACCGAGAAACUGGAAUCACUGCUAAUGAAAAAUGCUGGACUUGGGAUGAUAUUAUGAAGCUAGAAAUUGAGGAGCUUUCUGGACUGCGAUCAUUUGUCUUUUUGUGGUGUGGCUCUGGGGAGGGCCUGGACCUUGGCAGAGUGUGUUUACGUAAGUGGGGUUACAGAAGAUGUGAAGAUAUUUGCUGGAUUAAAACCAACAAAAAUAAUCCUGGGAAGACAAAGACUUUAGACCCAAAAGCUGUCUUCCAAAGGACAAAGGAGCACUGCCUGAUGGGCAUCAAAGGAACUGUUCGGCGUAGCACUGAUGGUGACUUCAUUCAUGCCAAUGUUGAUAUUGACUUAAUUAUCACAGAAGAACCUGAAAUUGGAAAUAUAGAAAAACCUGUAGAGAUUUUUCAUAUCAUUGAACAUUUUUGCCUUGGUAGAAGACGCCUUCAUCUUUUUGGAAGGGACAGUACAAUCCGACCAGGCUGGCUUACUGUGGGACCCAAUCUUACCAAUAGCAACUUCAAUGCAGAAACUUAUGCUUCCUAUUUCAGCAUUCCUAAUUCCCCUCUGACGGGAUGUACAGAAGAAAUUGAAAGAUUGCGGCCAAAGUCACCCCCUCCAAAAUCAAAAUCUGAUCGAGGAGGUGGUGCCCCAAGGGGAGGUGGCAGAGGGGGCACUUCUGCUGGCCGUGGAGAGAGAGGCCGAGAAAGAAACCGAUCUACUUUCCGAGGAGAGAGGGGUGGAUUUAGAGGGGGCCGUGGAGGAGCACACAGAGGGGGCUUCCCACCUCGCUAAUUCCAUUGGAAGUCUGACUCCUUUGGUUCCUCUCUUCCUUCUCUAUGUCUGCUGGGGGACUCGCUUUAGGAACCAAAGCCAGUCUACUCCUUGCAUCUGGAAACCAUUGGCUACCUCCUGUGUACUUGUCAUUCUUGGCAAGCUUUGUCUGGUUUGUAUUGAAUAGGUGACCAUGCCAUUGGUCAUGUGCAUGUAACUGAGCAGAGGGAAAAAACAGAAGUAUAUUAGCCCAGAUGAAAUUAGUCUAGUAAGUUCUAGAUCAGACAAGACCUUUUACUCUGUUUUAAUAGCUGAAGAAAACCUUUAAAGCUAAACUCUGUUACUAGUGCCCGGACAAGGAGCCUGCUUGCUGUCAGUUUUCUCAGUCACUUUAUUAACAGGCAUAAAAGCUGAUUUGACAUUGAUGAAAUAGAAUGGGAGACUUGUUUCUCAUUUCUGUUUUCUCAGUGUCUUGCUGUAACAGCAAAACAACCAUUAAGAUUUUAUGUUUUAAAUUUUUUUUGUUUCAGAGUUAAACAGGUAGUUAGGCAGAAUUUGGCUCUUCAGCAGGUGUAGAAAGCAGAAACUUGUCAGAAGCAUGGAAAUAAUACCUCUUGUGUUUAUCAAUGACUCCUUGUCUUCCUUAAAAGCAUGAAAACUUUCAGAUCAGAUUCAUGAAAUUGGCAGAGAUUUGGGCUUGGGCACUCUCAGACUUCCAGUACCUUUUAUAGGUUUUACUAAGGAAAAGAAAUGAGGAAAACUGCAGAAAUUGACCUAAAGAUUAAUAUGCAUUAUCAGCUGUUUCCUUUACAUAUUCCUGAAAAUGUAAUGCUCAGUAGGAACAAAAGUGGCAUUUGUUUCUUAAAUUUGUUAUGAAAAAUUUAAGGAGAGAUACACAGCUUGUGGAAAGAAAUCUGAUUCUACUUAUUGCAGCUGUAUGUUUUGUUUAUAUUUUUUAUGAGAAACUGAUUGGUAAAUCAUUUAUAUGAGACUUUAUACAACCUAGUUUUCUUCUGUAAUUCAUAUUUUAAAAGAAAUUGCUGACUUUGGGGCAGUGAGAAUGAUUUCAUUGUUAAUUUUGAUAAAUACCAUUUUAUAAUA